AACCGAAUGAAAAAGUAGGUGCUACUGGAAAUGAUACGUUCGUUAAUCCUACAGGAAAUCAAAAACAAAUUGAUUAUACAGUUGGAUCGACUUUGGCUGUACGUAGAAAGAGAAUGCAUGCUCAUUUUGAUGAUUUUGUUCAGUGUUAUUUCGAUUCCCGUGCUAAGGAAUUGCUCCUUGGACCUAAGCCUCAGAAUCAAAAUGAAUCGUGGCAUGGUAUAAGUUCAGGACUAGAUGUAUUUAGAGAGAAUCUUGUUAAGUUUUCAAGAUACAAUUCGUUACGUCCAUUGGCAACAUUGAAUUAUUCAUCAGACAUUUUUAAUAAUUCCACCAUUGUUUCGAGCAUAGAAUUUGAUAAAGAUAACGAAUUCUUUGCCAUAGCCGGAGUUACUAAACGAAUAAAGGUGUUUGAUUAUAUGCUGUAAAUAAGGGACACAGUAGAUAUACAUUAUCCAUGCGUAGAAAUGGUUUCCAGUUCGAAAAUAUCAUGUGUUUCAUGGAAUUCCUUUCAUAAAGGGAUGCUAGCAUCAUCUGAUUACGAAGGAACUGUAACGGUAUGGGAUGCUGCUACCGGUCAAAGAACCAAAGCUUUUCAAGAACACGAAAAAAAGAUGUGGUCAGUUGACUUUAAACGAUGUAGAUACUAGACUUAUAGCGUCAGGAUCAGACGAUGCUAGAGUUAAGCUAUGGUCUUUGAACAAUGAUCAUUCCGUUGCCUCUUUGGAGGCAAAAGCUAAUGUGUGUUGUGUAAAAUUUAAUCCACGUAGUUCGUGUCACUUAGCAUUUGGAUCCGCUGAUCAUUGUGUCCAUUACUAUGAUUUACGCAAUAUGAAGGAAGCACUGUGCAUAUUUAAAGGUCAUCGCAAGGCUGUUUCAUAUGUUAAAUUCAUUAACAAGGAAGAAAUAGUAUCAGCAAGUACUGAUUCCCAAUUAAAAAUGUGGACAUUAAUAAUCCGCAUUGUUUUGCGUUCGUUUGUUGGACAUGUAAAUGAAAGAAUUUUGGUUGGUCUUGCUACUGAUGGUGAUUAUGUGGCGUGUGGAUCAGAGAAUAAUGCACUUUAUAUAUAUUACAAAGGACUUACGAAACAAUUAUUCUCAUAUAAAUUUGAUGCUGUUCGAAGUAUAUUAGAGACACAAGAACGAAGGGAAGAGGAUCUGAACGAAUUUGUCUCUGCUGUUUGUUGGAGACAAAUGUCCAAUGUUGUGGUAGCUGCAAAUUCUCAAGGAAUUAUUAAAAUAUUAGAACUUGUUUGAAGAUAAUCACACAAAUUGAACAUGAGUACAUUUGAUAUAUGUAUUUGGAAAUUUAUUCAAUUAAAUGCUCAGAUACGAUUAACAACGAGAAGUGAAAAUUAAUUCUAAAUGUUGUAGUAAUUUGUUGUAGGCCAAAUUUAAAGAACUGUAUAAUACAUUAAAAAUCUAAUUAUUAGAGACUGACUUAUUUGAGAAAGUAAUACUCUGGGCGUUAAAACAGCACAAUAUUUUUUAUAAUUGUAUUCUUGUUAAAUCCGUGGGUACUGUUACUUAUAUUACAUUUAGUUAAAUACUUCACAAUUAAGAUAUCAAUUUGACAAUAGACUGAAGUUUAAUAAUAAAUAACCCACAUAAAUUAUUAUAUUAGUGGCACAUGUCUGCAUCUAAAGUGGCCUUUUAUGACUUUGUAUCAAUUCAGUUAGCAUUCAGAAUGUGCAGUUGUAUUCCAGAUUGAUGCGUUGCACAGUGACUAGACUACUAAUGAACUAGCACAAUUCAUGUAUGAUAAAAUCAUGCUAGAUAAAUUUAUCUUAGUUUUAUGUGAUAUUCUUUGUCAUUAUACAGCAUUAAAAUGGAUUCAUUUAUAUUUAAAGCCAUUAGAACAUAUAAAUUUGUGGUAAUAUAAAUUUCAUUAUUUUAAACAAUUUACUAUAUAAAAAGUAUUUUAUGAUGUGUACUAAUAUGUAAAAAAGAGAGAAUCCUUUAAAAUUAUCAAUUUAUGAGAAAGUUGUAACAUUAAAUACAACUUUAAUUACAUAAGACAUAAUUCUUAUAAUAAAUCUUGCCAAAGUAGCCUAAAGGAAAUAAUAUAGUAGUAAUAUACAAGUUGAUAUCACAAUGAAUAUCAAUAUUGUUCAUUAAAUUCAAUUUGUGCCAAGAGUAUCAUGUAGCUAAGAAGUAGUAAUGUGCUUGAAUUGCAUAAGUUCCUAUUAUCAGUGUUACAAUCACUGUCUUGGUAAAUAUAGUGUCAGAGCUAAGAAAAGAUAGAAUUUUAAUGGAAAUGAAUUUAACUGUACUUAGACUAUUUAUAAAUGAAUUCACUUAAAAAUAAUAAUUCAAUAAUUUUACUGGAAAAGAUAUCAAACUUCUUCGUAUUUAUUAUUUUCUAUAUACAUAUAUAUAUAUAUAAUAUUAUUUUACUUAGCUCUGAUGUAGUAUAUUCUAAAUAAAUAUCAUUAAAUGGUCAUUUCUUAAAAUAUUAGUAUGUCAAUUUUUUAUUUACUGUUCAUGUAAUAAUGUUUAAGUUUAACAAUGUUAUAAAUACGAUAAAAACCCCAUGACAGAUCUACAUACUUAAAUCAAUGUAUACACAGAGAACUGAAUUUUGGUAAUAGAUAUAUAGUUUUACAUUAUACUGUAUUACGUUUAUGAUUAAUUCUUUAAUGUUGUAAAUUCUUGUCAAUAAUGUGUACAUCUGAAAUAAUUGUGACACUCUACCAUUGAUGUAUUACAAGUGCAAAUCAAUUAUCUCCAGAGAUCAGAAAACAUAAUAUAGUUCUAAUUAUAAAAAGUCAUUUAAUGUAAUUAGAAUUAGCACAUUGUUAGAAAAAUAAUUAGAGUAAUUUUAAAAGAAUAUAUUCUAGGAUGUAUGUAAAGGAUAGUAUAUUUUUAGAUUGUAUUUUGAAAUUGCAAAUGUUAUAGCACACGCUAUACAUGUCCAAGACGCCUAAACUGUAUUGUAAUAAAUAAAAUUUGUGAAUUGUGUCUGUCAGUA